AUGAACAGCAUAGGGGAGGGUUGCACUGACAUGAAGCGUGAGUAUGAUGAGUGCUUUAAUCGCUGGUUUGCCGAGAAGUUCCUCAGGGACAGCUCUGGGGACCCAUGCACCAACCUCUUUAAGCACUACCAGCACUAUGUUCAGAAAAAAGCAAUAAAGGAGAAGGAGAUUCCCAUUGAAGGACUGGAGUUCAUGGGCCAUGGCAGAGACAAACCUGAAAGCUCUUCUUGACCUUGCCAGUCACCUUGAAAAGACUCCUCAGAUCUGGACAUUUGAGCCCUCUGGAUUUUGUCAAGUAAGGCUGUGAAGAUAGCCAACAAUUUAAUGAGGACUUAUUUUCCUCUCACUUUGAACGAUAACUUUUUACUUUGGGAUGAUUUCUCACUUGCUGUAACAUCUUGCAGGAACUCACUGUGCUAAAACUGAAUUUCUUGGGAUUAUGGUUGCGAUACUUCAUCUGGGAUCUUGUAUCUAAAGACUGAUAAACUUGUCAGGAUAAUCAUGGUUGCCUGACCCCUAGAGUUAUGCCUCAAAGGACAUUAGAUACACUGUACUGGGGUUUGUGUUCAUGGAAGCAACUGGUUAGGACCUCUUUUCUCUCAGGGAGCUAAUGCUCUGAAAAGGGAUCCCAGCACAACUGUUUCAAUCAAUGCUUGGGAAC